CUGUUGCGCCGCAAUGACCUUUAUUGGAGUCUUCAGACUAGCAGCGGCUGUGGUGGUGACUUCUGCCUUUCCGUUGCUUCCUGUGACGGGAGCUUGUGUUGGAUUCUAUUUAUUUUUCUGCAGCUGUUAGUGGACCCCUGGAGGAAAAUGGGCGGAAGUGAAAGCACAUCGAGGAAUAUGUCUUUUAGACUGGACGGAGAAAAGAACGUCACAGUAAUUGAAGGAGUGAAGAUCUCAGAGGACCUGAUCCAUCGAAUGAGAGAACCUUCAGAAUCUGGGAGCACCAGGCCGUCACCAUCUCCAACAGACACUGACAAACCACCACCAAAUUCAAACCUGUCACGACCAUCCGCAGCAGAAAUACGUGAAGAACUGCGAAAAGACUUUGAGCGUCAGCAGACACUGUUGGAGGAGCACCUGGCCAGAUUGACUCAGAGGGAAAGAAAGUCUGGUGCAUACUCAAGCCACGAGGAAGUGGAGCUGAUGCCCAGUCUCAUAACUGAGAGAGGGAAAGUCCACGAGGAGCAGGAAAGAGCCAAGUUACUGCCGGCAGAUUUGGAUGCUUUGGCAAAACAACUAGAACAGAAGGAAAAGGAACUUGCCACAAUCUCUAGUUUCUAUAAAGAACAGCUAGAAAUACUAGAGAAAAAGAACUUUGACAUCUAUAAGGAGUCAGCGGAACAGUACGACCAGGCAGCUACAAGAGCUGAGGCUCACGUCAGACCGCGGCAGUCUGUGUCUGUGUGCACUGACCUGCAAGCCCAGGUGCUCCAGUGCUACAGAGGAAACCCACAGCAGACUCUGCACUGCUCCAACCUGGCAAAGCAGUACAUGACCUGUGUGCAGCAAGCUAAGAAGACGUCAGUGACCAAUCACGGCUGAAAAACCUGCGGAAAGACAAACAGGAGGAAAAGUUGAAGAAGAAGAUGACACUGUGUCCCAUCCGUCCAUGGCAACAAAACAACACUUUCUUUUACCACUCACCAUGCUUUUAUUUUUGUCUUGAUUUGUCACUCCAAAGUGUAUGAGGAGUUGAUUUAUUGUCAAAUUGCACCAGCACAUCCCUGCUGCUGCUGCUGCUGCUGCUGCUGCUGCUGGAGAAAUAAAUCCCAGGUGACGAGA